CAACCCCUUUAAUAUGCGGCAUUUUUUGCUCAAUUAGAGCUCAGAGGUAAUUUUGAAUGACAGUUCGUCUUCUUCAUACGCUCUUCGUGAUAUCUGAAUCUUCUGCACUUCUUUGUAGGCAUGGGUUCCAUAUAGUAACCUCCAUUAGGCUUUUCUCUUACUUCAAACGCAACACCCUUCCGACCACAAGUUUACCUAAACCUCCUAGACUUCUGGAUCUCAUUUCUCCAAAGGGAAAUGCCGCCUCUGAAAGUCGCCAAACCCAUCUUCGGCUCAUCAAGGACUUUUUACAAACAGAUUCCGAUCAAUGUCGAUCUCAAACCCUUUCCGAUGGUUUUGAUUCUGAUUCAGUUUUUUUAUCCAAGGAUUCCUCCAGUGUUCUUGAUCAAGAACGUGAGUCUGGUCACUGGGGUUUUCAGUUGUUCGCAGGGAGAUUUGAAUUUGAUGCGAACGAUAUAUCCAGCGCUUUGAGUUUGUGCUGUUCUCAGCGCAAUCUUCGUGGUGGUAUUCAGUAUCAUUCUGUGGCAAUACGAACUGGGUUUAUUGCCAAUGUGUAUGUAGGAAGUUCGCUGGUAAGUUUAUACGGAAAGUGUUGGGAGAUGACUGACGCAUGUCAAGUGUUUGAUGAAAUGCCUGUGAGAAAUGUUGUGUCAUGGACAGCCAUGAUUGCUGGGUUUGCUCAAGAAUGGCAAGUUGAUAUGUGCUUGGAGCUUUUCCAACAGAUGAAAAGAAUGGCAUUACGACCCAAUGAGUUUACUUUUGCCACCAUAUUGAGCGCUUGCACUGGCAGUGGAGCCCUUGGAGUUGGAAGAAGCCUCCAUUGUCAAACAUUCAAAAUGGGCUUUGAUUCUCAUGUUCAUAUUGCAAAUGCUCUGAUCUCAAUGUACUGUAAAUGUGGAGCUCUUAACUUUGCAGUAUACUUGUUUGAAGCCAUGGAAGUUAAAGACACUGUUUCUUGGAAUUCCAUGAUUGCUGGCUAUGCCCAACAUGGGCUCUCUCUGCAAGCCAUUGAUCUUUUUGAAGCAAUGAGGAAGCAGCAGCAAGUGGAAGCCGAUGGCAUCACUUUCCUUGGUGUUCUGUCCUCAUGUAGACAUGGGGGGCUUGUGGAAGAGGGUAGAUAUUACUUCAAUCUUAUGGUCGAGCUCAGUUUGAAACCGGAGUUGGAUCAUUAUUCGUGUGUUAUCGAUCUGCUUGGCCGAGCUGGGCUACUGAAAGAGGCUCAAAACUUCAUUGAGAAGAUGCCCAUAUCUCCAAAUUCUAUAGUUUGGGGAUCGCUUCUCUCUGCUUGCAGGCUUCAUGGGAAUGUCUGGAUAGGACUGAAGGCAGCAGAGAGUAGAUUGUUACUGCAACCCGAUUGUGCUUCGACGCACUUGCAGUUGGCUAAUCUGUAUGCAAGAGCAGGGUACUUGGACGACGCAGCGAGAUUGAGGAAGAUGAUGAAAGACAAAGGGCUGAAGACUUCUCCUGGAUAUAGUUGGAUUGAGAUUCAGAAUAAGGUUUACAGAUUUAAAGCAGAAGAUAAGUCAAACCCUGUAAUGAUUGAGAUUUUUGGUGUUAUGGAUGGCAUGGUGAAUCACAUGAGAUCUGUAGGCUGUGUUCCUGAAGUGGACGACGAACUAGAAAAUGCUUUACUAGCAACGUCUUAAAACUUCAAACUUGUUAGAUACAUAAUUAAAAGUUCAGCAAUCUAUUUGGAAGGCCAUAGUGAA